AUGCCGAAGCCGACGCUGCUGCUGCGCGGGGGCUGGGAGCGCGAGCGCAGCCCCGGGGACUCGGAGCUGGGCCGCCAGUUCCGGGACUGGUGCCUGCGCACCUACGGCGACUCGGCCAAAACCAAGACGGUGACACGCAGCAAAUACCAGCGGAUCGCCGAGGUCCUGCAGGGCGGCGGCGGGACUGGCGCGGCCAGCGGCCCCGCGGCCGGUGAGAAAGGCAAGUUCCAGUUCUGGGUGCGCUCCAAGGGCUUCCGCCUGGGCAGCGGCCGGGAACCCAAGAUGGGCCAAGUGGUGUAUGUGCCGGUCAAGACGGGCUCGGGGGCAGAUGGCCUGUCGGAGCCGGAGGGCAUCUCUCUGAAGCGGGUCGCUGUGGUGGAAGAUUUCUUUGACAUCAUCUACUCGAUGCAUGUGGAGAGCUCAGCGGAGCCAGGCAAAGCCCCCAAGCACGCCGGGCAGAAGAAAACCUACCGAGCGAUCGCAGAGACCUACGCCUUCCUCCCGAGAGAGGCCGUGACCCGGUUCCUGAUGAGCUGCACAGAGUGUCAGAAGAGGAUGCACUUUAACUCCAAUGGCCUGGAGCCCAAAGAAAAUGAGCCUCCAUCUCCUCUGGUCUCGGGGAUUAUCGAUUACAACAUGCCCCUCACCUCCACGUACCUGAAGCAGAUGAAGUUGCGCGUGAUGAACUCCCAGGAACAGGAUGAGACUUCUGUGAGCAGUGAAGAUUUUGAUAUGAACGACUCCACAUGGAUGUCAGCUGACCCACACCUGGCCUCUAGCCUGAGCCCCAGCCAGGACGAGAGGAUGCGGAGCCCGCAGAACCUCCACAGCCAAGAGGAUGAUGACUCCUCCUCUGAGAGUGGUAGCGGCAAUGGCUCCUCCACCCUGAACCCAUCUACGUCAAGCAGCACCCAGGGUGACCCUGCCUUCCCUGAGAUGAAUGGCAACGGCGCUGUGGCCCCCAUGGACUUCACUGCCACCGCUGAGGAUCAGCCCAUCAAUCUGUGUGACAAGCUCCCACCAGGCACAACACUCGGCACCCCCUCUUACCCCACAGACAGCUGCAGCACUGAUGGGCUGCGGAGCCGCGUCAAGUACGGGGUGAAGAGCACCCCUGAGUCACCCCCCUACAGCUCUGGGAGUUAUGAUUCCAUCAAGACUGAGGUCAGUGGUUGCCCUGAGGACCUGACGGUGGGCCGGGCCCCCACAGCAGAUGACGAUGAUGAUGACCAUGAUGACCAUGAGGACAAUGACAAGAUGAAUGACUCUGAGGGCAUGGACCCUGAGCGUCUCAAGGCCUUCAAUAUGUUUGUGCGCCUCUUUGUGGACGAGAACCUGGACCGAAUGGUGCCCAUCUCCAAGCAACCCAAGGAGAAGAUCCAGGCCAUCAUUGAGUCCUGCAGCCGGCAGUUCCCAGAAUUCCAGGAGCGGGCCCGCAAGCGCAUCCGCACAUACCUCAAGUCCUGCCGGCGCAUGAAGAAGAACGGCAUGGAGAUGACCAGACCAACACCACCCCACCUGACCUCGGCCAUGGCAGAAAACAUCCUGGCAGCCGCCUGUGAGAGCGAGACGAGAAAGGCGGCCAAGAGGAUGCGCCUGGAGAUCUACCAGUCCUCCCAGGAUGAGCCCAUAGCCUUGGACAAGCAGCACUCGCGGGACUCCGCAGCCAUCACCCACUCCACCUACUCACUGCCAGCCUCCUCCUACUCCCAGGACCCUGUGUACGUCAAUGGCGGCCUCAACUAUAGUUAUCGUGGUUACGGGGCCCUGAGCAGCAACCUGCAGCCCCCUGCUUCCCUCCAGACAGGAAAUCACAGUAACGGGCCCACAGACCUCAGCAUGAAAGGCGGGGCCACAACCACCUCCACCACCCCCACACCGACCCCCUCCAGCAACAGCACCAGCAGGACCAUGCCCAGCGCCCAGCUCAGCCCCACGGAGAUCAGCGCCGUGCGGCAGCUCAUCGCUGGCUACCGGGAGUCCGCUGCCUUCCUGCUGCGCUCAGCAGAUGAACUGGAAAACCUCAUCUUACAGCAGAACUGACCCCGCUGGCACCUGGAGUACACUGCCCUAGGGAAGGAGCAGUGUCCCAGCCCGAACCUGGCUUCCUGCCUCACCAGUUGGUACAUUUCAUUUUUUGAAAGAGGUGGGAUCCAAAAGAGCUGUUUCUAGCCACACUCCAAGCACCUGAGACUUUGGGCACAAGGACACUUUUU